CCAGAACAUUUACGAGACGUAAAUCUUGAAAAACAUUGUUUGAAAAAAAGAAAAUUCAAUACGUCUGCACUCCGUAACACACCUGAUUUGGUUCAAGAAGAGGUAUUUAGCCCUUUUAGUGGAAGCCUUGAAGAUUUAGUUAAUACGUUCGAUGAAAAAAUUACUUCUUGUUUUCAAGAUUAUGAAACCAAUGUUGAAUCUCUUGCUCCAGUACAAGUUCGUUCUCAAGAAGAUAUUAUGAAUGAAUGCCAAAUGUGGUGGACCAUAACUGGUACUUUUGGAACCAUCUUACCAAUAGACUGGAGUAAGUCUUGCUCAAGAAAAAUGCAUGUUCCAGCAUUAAAUCUUAAAAAAACUUCAAAAUCAUGUUACAGAAAUAAAAUUGAAGAUUUAAGUAGUGAAGAUGAAUCUGUAGCUACGGAUCUAGAUUUGCAUACCCUCAUCCUCUCUAGUCGUCACGAUAAUUACGUUACAGAUUAUCCUGUUAAAACAGCUGAUGAGGUUUUAAAAGAAAUAGAUGAUAUUAUUCAAGGUAAUCAGUUAUCUGAAGAUAUAUUGGAUACUUCAUCUUUUAUUGAGAUUGAUGAAGCACUUGAAAGAAGUAAAGAAGUUCUUUUGUCACCUUUACACGAACAGAGAUUACAACAGUUUUCUUCGAAGCAGUUAUCCGAAAUUUUAAUCGAAAUGGAUUCAUUAAUAUCUGCUCUAAGUGAAACCCUGAUAAAUGAGCUUGCUUUAAGAGAUGAAUUGGAGUAUGAGAAAGAAUUAAAAAAUCAGUUCAUAUCAUUGCUACUAGCCGUACAAAACCGUCGAAGACAACACCAUGUUGCUAAAAAACGGAAUCAGAUGUAUAAUGGGAACAGCCCCUUACUGCAACAAAAUUUUCUUCAAGAAUCGAAGUAUUUAACUACCAUCAUUCCUUAUCACGCUGAUAAUAGGAUUCUGGAUAACAAGGCUCUGCAAGUACUUAUUAAAAUUCUGAAGGCAAUAAACGAAGAUAGCCCAACAGUUCCUGCAUUGCUGACUGACUACAUUUUAAAAGUUCUUUGUCCAACGUAAGUGAUCCAAACUUUCCAGCACUUUUGAGUCUCUACUUUUGCCACUACUACAAUAAAAAUUUGAGUGUUGUUGAACAUACCUCUAUUCAAACAUAAGAUAUCUAGUAUAUGUCUCAGAAACCAGUAAUCUCUGCAGUGUAUCAUAUGUGACAAUGAAGUAACUGUUUUAAGCAUACAUUUGGAUUUUCUUCAUUGCACUUAAAUAUGACUAUAUAGUUAUUGGAACAAUAAUCAACUCAGAGCUAUGUGUAUUGCUUUUUGUUUUUUUUUUAAAUAAACUAAUAUGUCAUGGUAAAUAAUAUGCUAUUAAAAUGUUUUUCUGUUAC